AUGUCUUAUUAUUAUUAUGAGUUGAAAAAUAGUUUGUUAUUAAUUUUCAAUCCGAAAUUAACAAAAUCUGUUUUUUAUGGUACACUCAAUAAAACGGAAUUAGUCGUUGUAAAAAGGAAAACGAGAUUUGAUAGUUUACAAUUAUUAUAUAAAAAUGUUGUCGAAUCAGUUAAAAAAAAUCAACUUUGGUCAUUUCUCGAUGUCAGUAUAGAACCUUUGUUGAUGUUGUCUCUAGGAAAAUCAGGUUUUCCUAAAUACAUUGGCGCAUGUGGAGAUUUUUUAGUCGAAGAAUAUAAAGGAUUACCUUUGGAUAAUUUUUUGUCAUGUGAUUUUAAAACGAGAGCAUUACUCUCUAUUAAACUUUUAAAUUUGGCUAACUUUUUUACAUUUAGCAGUUCGGAUUUUAUAUUUUACUUCACUGAUAUUUCCCUUUAUAAUAUUGUUGUCGAUGAACAUGGAAAUGUUUCGCUGGUUGAUUUAGAUAAUGUUAUAAUAUUUGAUAAGAAAAGUCAAAAAAGUAGUUCAGUAAAAGCUAAAAUUCAUAAAACUGAAAUAUGGAAUGAUAAUGAUGAUGAUUAUUCAUUUUCCUCAUCGGACAUUUGUAGCCAUUAUUUAAGCGAUCACAAUUAUUACUCGAUAUGCACGCAUAUUUUAUCACAUUCCGAUUAUGGAUUGUUAAAAGAAAUCCCUCGAACGAUUACGAAUUUAAAUCCAGAUUUGGAAUUUUUAUUAAACGAAUGUAAAAAACCAACGAAAAUUAACGAUCGCGUUACCGCUGGUGAAAAACUUGCAAAACUUUUAGAAAAAAUAACGGUCGGAUACAGUUGGCAACACUUCAUUUAA